AUGUCUAAUAGAAUUGACUACGUUGACUGCGUCAUUAAGGACGUACUAUCGAGUGCCAAUGAGAAAGCGUUGUUAGCUAGCUAUCAAGUAGCAUACCGAGUCGCCAAAGCAGGGAAACCUCACACAAUUGCUGAGAAUCUUAUUUUUCCCGCGGCCCUUGAUAUGGUUGAAACUAUUUUGGGCAAACAGGAGGCAGAUAAACUUAAAAAUAUACCACUUUCUGACAAUACAAUUGAGCGGAGAAUAAAUGACAUGGCCGUUGACAUUCAAGAACAAUUAAUUGAAAAAUUAAAGAAGAGUCCACAUUUUGCCUUGCAACUGGAUGAAUCUACUGAUGUUUCAGACUGUGCACAGUUUGUGGUAUUUGUUCGCUUUGAAGCAGAGGAAAACAUUGAAGAAGAAAUUUUAUUUUGCAAAGCUCUUCCUGCUAAUACUACUGGCCAGUGCUUGUCAGGGAUGAGAAUGCUAAGCAAGAAAAAAAGUGAGUUUCAUUUGGUUGUAAUUAACACUAACAAAAUAACCAACAACGAAGACAAAACAAAUAACUCCAACAACGCUACAGCAACAGCACGAGCAUUAGAAGAUGCACCUGAAACAAUUACUCGAGUUGCAAUCCAUUCCUCGAAAUUCAACACCAUCAUUGGUGCAGUAGAGUCUCAAGAAUUGACUCAAGCCUCUGAUGAGGUAUUAAGCCCACCAAACGACAACAAAUACGAGAAUCUGAAGUCAGUGAUCAUAGAACGAUUCGGAGACUCUAAACAACGUAAGAUCAAAAAACUACUCUCUGAUGUCGAUCUUGGCGAUAAGAGACCGUCACAGCUUCUUAACGAACUCAAGAAGCUUAGAGUACGUGCCAUUCUACAAGCUUCAAAUGGAGAGCUUAUGGCUUUGUCUAAAUUAGCUGACAAAACCAUGGAAGUUGGCGAUUUUUCUCAUACUUCAGAAGUUAAUGCAAUGCAACACCAUCUCAAGCUUUCCAAAAUGAACUUUCCUUACAGCAACUACCAGUUCAACAAGAAAUGCAUUCAGUUGGCAAUCAGUUAA